CAAGCCAAAGAAGAUCCAGAUACCUGAAGCAAAAAUGUACAAACAAUUCGUCGUUGUCUUUGUCAUCGCCAUGAUGCUUGGCAGUACAAUUCAACAAUCCUUGAGUGGAAACAUUGGUGGCACUGGUAGUCAAGAGGCAACGGGUGGUGUUACUGGUUCAGGCAGCGGCGGCCUCGGUCCCAUCAAUAUUAAUGGAGACUUCGGAAAGAAUGGAAGCGAGAGCACCAGUGGCGAAGGGAAUUUAGGCGGCAGUCUUGGAAAAUGAGGAGGCGGGUGAGGACAUACUUGUGAUGUUUUUCUACUAAAUGGAAGAAAUAAUUGUAAAUUGUACUUAUUAUUAAUCAAUAGAUGGGAAAUAUAUAUUAUUAUUGCAGCAAAA